AUGCUCGUCUCCAACAUGCUCCUCACGGGCGUCGCCCUCGCCGCCACCGCCCUCGCCGACGGCAAGGCCAUCGUCUCCGCCAUCAACACCAUCAAGGCCGACACCGUCGACCUCGGCAACCACGCCGCCUCCUUCAAGGGCGACAUCAUCGGCGUCAUCCCCAUCGCCGUCGGCUCCCUCCACCUCCUCGACGACAUCAAGAAGGGCACCAAGACGGCCGACGCCUCCCAGCCCCUCACCACCCCCGAGGCCCUCGACCUCGCCGGCGCCACCGGCGACCUCGCCACCCAGGUCAACAAGACUCUCACCGCCAUCAUCGCCGCCAAGCCCAAGUUCGACAAGCUCCUCGUCGUCAGCCCCAUCAUCCUCCUCAACCUCGAGCAGCAGCAAAAGGCCACAAAGGACUUUUCCGCAAAGGUCGUCUCCAAGGUCCCCACCGAGCUCCAGGCCAUCGCCCAGGCCCUCAUCAAGCCCAUCGACGACGGCUUCGCCCAGGCCAUUGACAAGUACAAGCUCUUCUAA